AGGAUGAUCCGAAGACAUGCCAUCACAAUUUUGAUCCUCUGCAGAGGGGAUAGCACCCCCGCUUCGGUAGCCCGACGACCUGCACUUUACUGUAGAACAGUUCAGCGAGGAUCAAUACCUCACACUCUUGGUCCCUACGCAGACUGAUCCAAGUGGUAACCUACCCGCAUUCUUACCGUUACCAUUUGUUUCCGUCGUAACUUUGACCGCUUUUCAUAAAACACAUCAACAAAACGAAAUGUAAACAAAUCAUCUUUAGAAACUGAAUUCGAUUAUUGAUCAUUUAAUUUUUCAUUCUAAUUAUACAACUGAUCAAUUUUUACUGAGUUCAUUUCUUCAAUCACCAUGGAUCUUUCAACUUUUUCUAAAGAUGAUUUUGAUCCAAAAGAAUGGAUUAACAAAACUUUUCAAUGCCAUGAAGCCAGAGAAAAUAAAGAGGAAUUUGCUACAACAAUUGUUGCCAAAUUACAAUCUUUUAUACAAGAGGUCAACAUUUCCCUUGAAAAAACUGCUGAACAAGUUAAUCAAAAUAUACCUAGAAUUACCAGAGAAAUAGAAAUCAUGCGAAAUGAUGCAAAACAACUAAAGGAGCAAAUGAAUAAUGCUAAAGGAGACGUAAUGAAGGUAGAGCAUGAUGCAUCACAGUCAAUGCAGAUAUUAUUAAAAAUUGAUCACAUCAAGUCUUGUAUGCAAGAGGCCAGUAAAGCACUCAGGGAAGCUGAUAAUUGGACUACUUUAUCAGCUGAUGUUGAAGUUGUAUUUUCUAAUGGAGAUAUUAAUGAAAUUGCAACAAAACUAAUAGGCAUGCAGAACAGUUUGGAAAUAUUAGCUGAUGUUCCAGACUAUCGGGAACGCUGUCUACGACUUGAAAGCUUAAAAGAUAGGUUAGAAGCCAUGAUAAGUCCAAGACUUAUUGCAGCAUUUAAUAGUCAAUCAAUUGCAUUUAACAGUCAAUCAAUUGUGACUGAUGUCAGUUUAAUGUACAUGAAGAUAUUUAAAGAUCUCAAAAGACUAAGCACACUUCAAAGACAUUAUCAUAAUUAUCAAAAAAAUCAAUUGACGCAACAAUGGAAACAAAUUGUGGACUCUGAUCCAGAUGAGACAAUCAUCGAUUGGUUAAAUAAUUUCCAUGAUCUAUUAUUGUCUACUUGGCAUUCACAGAUGACAUGUUGUCAACAGCUAUUGCCAGAUAUGCCAGCAGUUGAGGUAUUGUCUGAAUUAUUUGUCGAUGUGCUAACUAAUUUGGAGCCUUCCCUGUCAUUUUGCAUUGAUGCUGGUAUGAAACUACAAUCAAAUCCACUUCAGUAUUUGAUUGAAUUGAAACAGAUCACUGAUAGAUUAGUCAAAAGCUUAGAAAUCUCCAUUCACGCGAAUGAUUCAAAACUUCUUUGUGAUGCCCAUGUCACACUUCUUGUGAAGACUAUUUAUUCUCCUUAUCGACAACACAUUGAGAAAUAUGAUUACUUAGAAGAACAGCAACUUAUUUCCUCACUAAAAACACUAAAUAUGGAAUCAGAUGAUUUGAGGGACUAUGUUCGGUUACUUGGUGAAUCACUUAGCAAAAUAAAUUGCUUAAUGCAAGAUGCAGAGAAUCGGUGUCAACAACUGACCCAAGGUAGUAGUUAUGUGAGUUUACUGCGAGCCUUAGAAGCAUUUUUAUCUGAGUACUCCAAAAGCUAUAGGGGCCUUGUACGUCUCUUUAAAAGCAAUAUGAAUGUACCAGAAAAAUCUCUGAUAGAUGAUUGGUCACUUUUCCAACAAUCUUUACAAGCCACCCAAACUGUAGGGGAAGCUUUGAUGCAGUUGGAAAACUUUCAACUUCUCUACAUAAGAAACAUUCGUGAAAUUGGACGCAAAUUAGGGUAUUAUUCAGCUGAUGACAAUGCCUCUCUAAAUCUUUUUCAUGCUUAUGAUGACCUUUUGUUAUCUUCCUCAGCUAAAAGAGAACUGCAACAAAUGAUUUCACUAUUGCAAGAAGAAAAAACUGAUCCAAUGAAAAAGUCAUUAUCUCUUUUUAAAAAAUUGUGCAGUGAGAUUGGCUCUUUAAUUCCUGAUUUAGUGCUUAAACAAGCUCAAGUUCAUUUAAAUACAGUUCCUCACAUGAAAAUUUGGAAUGAAGAAACUAUUGGUUCAGUUGUAACUGAUUUGCCACAGUUUAGCUUAUCUCCGCAAGAAUACAUUACUGAGGUUGGCCAGUAUUUGAUGACCAUACCACAACAUAUUGAGCCUUUUAUACUAAGAGAUAAUCCAGCCUUGCAUAUAGCUCUGAAAAAUAGUAAUAUUGCUCAUGUUUCAGAACAAGAUGGUUCCAGCAAUGUGGCUGAUUAUUUAUUAGAAUGCUUAGCUCGAAAAAUUACUGAUUGCUACUGUAAUAACAUAUUGAUGAUAUCUCACAUUACAAAUAAUGCCACCAACCAGUUAGUGACUGAUAUAAGUUAUUUCUGUGAUGUAUUGGAUGACUUGGGGUUAAUUCCAUCAACUAAUUUACAAAAUUUGUUGUCACUUUUAAAAGCUGCACCAGAUAAAUAUGAAUUAGAAGCAAAGAAUAAACCUAUUCAAGUUGUGCGUAAAAUAAGUGCAAUGAGAAAAAACAGAAAUUAAAUAUACUUCUAUUAUUGUUGACACUAUUUUUUAUAUAACUCACCUUGUUAUGGUAUUACUGUGUGUAUAUUUAUCAAAUUCACAAUAAACUGCCUUUUAUAAGUU